AUGGCCACCAAGACCGUACUCAUCCUCGGCGAUGGUGAUUUCUCAUUCUCAGCAUCAUUAGGAGCAGCACUGCAUAGCUCAGAGGAGAAGCGGCAUGCGGCAGUAUUGUCCAGUUACCUUGGAAUAGACCCUGAUGACUCUAAGGUCCGCUUGUUAUGUACAUCAUUCGAUACUAUUGAGGAGCUCUAUAAGAAGUAUGGUCGGCCAGUGGAGACUAAUCUGGAUAUACUACGAGGGUAUAACAUACCAGUACGACAUGGUGUUGAUGCUGUACGCUUACCUGAACAGAUGCAAGGAGAGCUCUUUGAUGUUAUUAUAUGGAAUCAUCCUCAUUUGGGUGUUGAAGAUGCUAAGUUGCAUGAAGUCCUCAUGGCACACUUUGCUCACUCCGCAAGACGAUCUCUCCAUGAGAAGGGUAGAAUCCUUCUCUGUUUGGUAGAGGGUCAGGCUAAACGAUGGAAUCUUAUUAAGUCGGCAUCCCUCAAUGGUUUACAUCUACUUACCAAACCUCGACCAUUCCCUUUGGAAUUAUUCCCAUCCUUCAGAAUGGUACGGAAUAAGACUAAUCAAACGUUCAAGAAUCAUCAAACACAGAGGCAAUGGGUACCUGGGGGUAACGAUGCUGAGGUGGAAAGCAUGUUCUCCACAUUAGAGUUUGUGGAUAGCAGAGCUUUGGGCCAGCAUCAACUAUUCUGUACUGAGAGGAAGGCACAGGAGGAUCUACAGAGUAAUCAGGAUGGGAAGUCCUCAUCAUAA